AUGGAGUUCCGCUUGCUUGGCGCAACUGCCUGGGCCAGAGUACUUCUGUCGCUGCUUGUGAUUCCGAAGGUGCCGGCCUAUGACUUCCAGUACUUCCUGCCCCAGGAGUUUCUCUCUGAUCUUCCUUUGAGAGAAGGCAGUUUUGGGGCCGAAGUCAUCCAGUACCUGCUGAUGGCCAACCCCCAGGACCUGCAUCAUGAGAAGGUGGAUUCAGGGUGGUUCUAUGAUGUAUUUGCAGACUCUGAUUUCAACUCUCCAACUUAUCGCUCCAGACGGAACGUCUGCGUCCGAGUGCCUGUUGGAAGCAAUCCUCGUGGUGCACCGCACAUGUGUGAACAUGAAAAUGCACAGGCACCACAAGCUGAGAUUUUGAAGGCUGCAGGUGGAGAGGAAAUAGGCAGAUUCAUGCUGUCGGCAGAGUUUGAGUUCAGCGCGCCUGGCCAUCUCAAGAUCGAAUCAAAAACCUGCUGUAUUGUCUGUUGGACGGACAAAGUCUGCGAUGACGAUGUCACCAUCACAGGAGUGCUUAGGGUGCAGAGUUUGGUGCAUGUCCGAAAUGCACAAGGAAGUUUGCAACUGCAACCAGAAACAACAGUGUCCUGGCCUGCUGCUCCGAGAGUGGAUGGAUGUGAUCCAGAUUGUCUUGUAAGAUUAUUUGCGAAUUGGCACUCUGACUUGUCAGAUGGAGUCAAAGAUGCUCUUCAGAAGUAUGUCGAGCAGAACUUGCAGCAGGGGCAUGUACUGCCGCAGACCAUGUCUUUGCACCCGGAGCUCAACUUGACAUACCAGCUGAAAGAUUUGCAGUUUGUGCAUUCCAGCACACCUUCUAACCAAAGCUAUGUGAUUGCGCAUGCCACAUGCACUGUAGAUGCAAGGGCAGCCAACGGCAGUGUCCAAGCCUUUCCAGAUGCAGCUGCAUCUUGGACUGGUAAACACAACGCGCUGCCAAUGGAUGAUCCGUGGAGACGAGCCGUGGGAACUGGCUCAGAGCAGCUGGUGCUGCUUGGGGGAGCGCGCUUUAGCGAAGAGCUCCUCACAAUGCUCGCCCGCGGUAUGCACUAUGCAGGCAUGCUCCGCCCUCACAACUCGAGCACUGUGAAAGAUGCUCAUCUCUACUCCUCUAUUGACAUGUCGUGCCCCGAAGUUGAUAUUUCCAAAGAAAGGGCUGGAGUUGUCAUGAGGCAAGACCACCUACACUUGCAGAUAGAUUGCGAUGAUAGAAUGGCUGGCAACGCCACAAACUUCAGCUUGAUGAAUGCCACCUUCAGCAAUGUCCUAGAGGAAAUCUCUAUUUCUGCCUAUGUACCGAACGACCACACAGCUGGAAUCGUCCUUCAAGUCUUAAAUGUGAGCAUGGGAAGUGCCAAUGUGUCUACUUUCCAUUCUCCUGCCUUCUUGGGUCCAGGCAAUGAAUUGAAGGCCUUGGCGCUCCAUGCAAUGCGGAAAGGCCUCCCUCUCAUGAACGACCAGCUCAGCAGCACUCCCAUCAUAUUUUGCGGCGGUGGAUCGUCAGCUUGUGCCUUGGUUCCUUUUGCACCCCAUCCUGCAGUUAGCACAAGUCCGCGGGGGAAGAUGAAGCCCGGCUAUGUGCAGCUGAUUUGGCAUUGCCAAUGUGGAAGUUCUGACUUCUAUGAAUCAUGCUCCGGCUUUCAAUGUCCUGAGAUGCAGCUCAAGACCAGACUCACCAGACCACUUGAAGUGAGACAGCUUCAUCAACUACGUCGCAGCGCAGCAGAAAGCCCAGCUUCCAAAAGACCCACUUCGACCGGGGCUUGGGUGAGCUUAUUUUCAAACCAGCUGUGCAACUUCGUUUCUGGCGAGAGCAUCCUUUUUGCAAAUGUAGCGGAUGUGGGUGGUUUGCAGAGCUAUCCGGCAGAGGAACCCAUUUUGGGUUCCCUUCAGAACAGCAGGAAGCAGGGCGGGAGCCCCUUCAUAAGGGCCACAAGAGUCGAUAAGUGCAGCGCGUGUGGAAUGGAAGGGGACCUGGCAUGCGAAGCCUUGCCGCGAAAGGAGGUGCAUUGCAAUCUUUUCUGCGAAGAUUGCUCCGCCCGGUCAUGCGCUUUGAAGAAUGUUUCCCUGGGAAAGCACAAGGUGCCAAAGACGCAUCUGGGCAACCACAGCGGGUAUUCAGAAGUCGUACUAGCAACUCUGAGCACAUUGCCCAUCCUACAAGCGUGUGCGGAAGGUCCUGAUGUUCCAGAUCCUGAUCUUCCGGACCCAACAAACACAGCACUAUGGGAGUUGAUUGUAGCCUUGCCAAUGCUUGGGCUUAUGGGACUGCUCUUGUGCUUUCGUGGCCAUGUACGGGGCAGCUGCUUGUGGGCUUCAAGGCUCCGAUUGCGGGUGGGCGUGAGCAGAGAUCGCCUCAAAGAGGAGAACAUUUUCCACGGCAGCCUUCUGUUAGGAUCUGCCCUUCUUACAGCUUGUGGGCUGGUUUGGAUGAAGUGCAAUCCAUUGGCAGGUCAAUUGAACUACAUCGAGGAGACGAUGGACACAAGCAACUUCGAUUGGCUUGCUGCAAAUCGCAUUGUAGAGACAUCUCGCUACAGGGGCGCUAUGAUUUUCUUCAUUUGCGCUGCAACUCUGUUGCUUGUCUCUCUUCUUGGGUGUUUGCAGCAUGUGCGUAUUCGCUGUGGCACAGUUGCGCCGCAGGAAGGUGUUAGCACGUCGACAGGUUCAGGCUGGAGAUCUCUGGUGGUGUUUCUACUCACAGAAGCAGGUGCUGCCGUUUCUCUCCUUGCUUUUUGCUUUUGGCAGGAGGAGUUCUCCACUUCCUUUGAGAAACAGAAACACAGUGCUAGUGAUUUGGGUUUCUUGUCUGGAGUUGUGGCAUCAUCUGCUUCCGCGGCCUUUUGCAUCAGAGUUGUCCUCAGCUGGAUAGGGCCUGUGAUGAUAAACCUCAGCCUGUCGAAUGCAGCGGUUUUGUUGGCGGCUUCUGUGCGGAAGGCACGGGCAGCGCCCAUGAACCCCAGUGGACCAAGUCUCAAUUCCUUGGUCUUGGGAAUGUUGCUGAUUCAGCAAACUACCAUAUUGAUUCUAGCGAUUGCCUACUUCCACUCUGGCUAUGCUUCGGCAAUUUUGCUCUGGUUUCUGGCUUGCAGUAAUUGA